CAUAGUGGGCAUUAGGUGUUGUUGGACAUCAGCAUCAUAUCAUCAUCUCUUUCUGUCUCUCCCAGAAGCUAAGGAAUAAAAUUAAAGCAACGAAGAAGAUGCCUGCCGGUGGUGUUGGGCAAACCAUAUGUGUAACCGGCGCCGGAGGUUUCAUCGCCUCUUGGAUGGUCAAACUCCUCCUUGAAAGAGGUUACUCUGUCAAAGGAACCCUGCGUAACCCAGAUGAUCCGAAGAAUGGACACUUGAUGCAGUUGGAAGGAGCGGCGGAGAGGCUCACUCUUCACAAGGUCGAUCUCCUUGACCUUGACUCUGUUAGGGCCGUCAUUCACGGUUGCCAUGGUGUCUUUCACACUGCUUCUCCCGUCACUGACAACCCCGAGGAAAUGGUGGAGCCGGCGGUAAAUGGAGCCAAGAAUGUGAUUAUAGCAGCUGCGGAAGCUAAAGUGAGACGCGUGGUCUUCACUUCAUCAAUUGGCGCAGUGUAUAUGGACCCAGCGAGGAGCAUGGACGAGGUGGUGGAUGAAUCGUGUUGGAGUGAUCUAGAGUAUUGCAAGAACACCAAGAACUGGUAUUGCUAUGGAAAGGCAGUGGCAGAAAAAGCAGCAUGGGAAGAGGCAAAGGAGAAAGGGGUGGACUUGGUUGUGGUGAACCCAGUGUUGGUACUUGGACCGUUGCUGCAGCCAACCAUAAAUGCAAGUACAAUUCACAUCCUCAAGUACCUCACUGGCUCCGCCAAAACUUAUGCCAAUGCCACUCAGGCCUAUGUCCAUGUCAGGGAUGUCGCAUUAGCUCACAUACUUGUCUACGAGACCCCUUCUGCUUCCGGUCGAUACCUCUGCCUCGAAAGUUCCCUCCACCGCGGCGACCUCGUUCAAAUUCUUGCCAAGCAUUUCCCCGACUACCCUGUUCCCACCAAGUGUUCCGACGAAAAGAAUCCAAGAGCAAAGCCCUACACCUUCUCUAACCAAAAGCUGAAGGAUUUGGGAUUAGAAUUCACUCCAGUGAGUCAGUGUCUAUAUGAAACGGUUAAGAGCCUACAGGAGAAGGGCCACCUUCCUAUUCCCAAUAAGGAACAAGAUUCUGUUCAAGUUAAAAAAUAAAUCAGCUACAGCUACUAGUACCUGCUACCAUCUUUCGAUGCAAUUUAAUUUUUUCUAAAACAAAAUUAAUUAAGGACGAGAAGAUGCAGCUUUUAGAAAUCUCGUUUUCCGUGGAAUAUAUAUUCUAAUACAAUAUCAGAAGGCCUUAUUUGGAUGUUGUAAAAAGACAUGAAAUGCAUCAGGUGUUGCAUUCUCUGAACCUAAUGAAUGGUUUUAUAAUGAAUAAUAGUAUAGUAUCCGUUA